UUGUCUCGCAAAGCACUGUGGGUAGACGUCCUACGCCCAAAAUGGCGGCAGGAUUGAAAAGUUUGUUGUUGUUUUUGGUUUAUUUUAUGACAUUUUAUCAGUCUCCGUCCCCUUCUGAAUAAUCCCUAUUUUUUUCUAUCACGAUUAAGAAGGUUAGUCGUUUGUUUGUGUCGGUGUUUUGUUGAGUUCAGAUCGUAAAGCGCCUCCCUGGAAGUGUACGAGGCAGAUGGCACCGCGUCAAAUAAAAUUAAAAUGAAGAGCACUUGUACAUAGAGAUGGAGGAUGACGUGAAGAAAGUCAAAAAGGAAAUGGCGGUUUCUGUUCUUCCUGAUUGCAUGAACUAUGGCUUAACUCAGAACCCAGGUAUUGUGUCUCCGUUCAAGCGGGUGUUUCUGAAAGGAGAGAAGGUGAGAGAUAAGAAGACUCUGGAGAAGACCACUGAGCGUAGGGCCCUCCACACCUUCUCCCUCUCUCUCCCGGACCACCGUAUCGACCCAGACAUUCUGCUCAAUGACUACAUUGAGAAGGAAGUUAAGUAUCUGGGACAGCUGACCUCAGUUCCUGGAUAUCUGAAUCCCUCCAGCCGCACAGAAGUUUUGCAGCUUAUUGACAAUGCCAGGAAGUCUCAUCAGUUGGCAGGGCAGCUGACAUCAGAGCAGGAUGCUGUUGUCAGUUUGUCGGCAUACAAUGUGAAGCUCGUGUGGCGCGACGGAGAAGACAUCAUUCUCCGCGUACCCAUUCAUGACAUCGCAGCUGUGUCCUACAUCAGAGACGACUCACUCCACCUCGUGGUGCUAAAAACAGCUCAGGAACCCGGAGGUUCUCCAUGUCAUAGUACAGAGAUGUCAAAAUCUCCCACUCUGAGCUCUCUUUCGGAGAGUGGCGCUGUGCUUGUGGAGGUCUGCUGCCUGCUUGUGCUGGCUGUCGACAAUAAGGCUGCAGCAGAGGAGCUGUGUCUUCUACUUAGUCAAGUCUUCCAGAUCGUCUACACAGAGUCCACCAUUGACUUCCUGGACAGGGCCAUCUUUGAUGGAGCCACAACACCCAUCAGGCAUCUCUCCAUCUGCAGCGAGGACUCUUCGAGCAAAGAUGUCAAAGAAGUGUUUGAGGCCGAGGCGAGCACAUUUACUUUCAAAAGUUCUCUAGAGGCAGGACACUCCUCUAGCCCCUCCCCGUCCUCCACCCCGGCCUCACCACAAACCAUAACAGCCAGUGAGAGUGAACUAAGCACAACAGCUGCUGAACUGCUACAAGACUACAUGACCACAUUGAGGAAAAAGCUGUCAUCUCAGGAGUUACAGCAGUUUGCCACACUGUUACGUGAGUACAGAAACGGAGCCUCCAUCCAUGAGUUCUGCAUCAACCUGCGUCAGCUUUACGGAGACAGCAGGAAGUUCCUCCUCCUGGGACUGCGGCCUUUCAUUCCUGAGAAGGACAGCCAGCACUUUGAAAACUUUUUGGAAACCAUUGGCGUGAAGGAUGGCCGGGGCAUCAUAACAGACAGCUUUGGACGUUACAAACGCACGACAAGCUCUGCGUCAGACUCCACCACUAAUGGAAACGGUGCUGCGGGCGGAUCGGAUGAAGGAACGGCCACCUCUGAGGGCGACGAAUGGGACCGCAUGAUUUCAGACAUAAGCAAUGACAUUGAAGCGUUAGGAAGCAGUAUGGACCAGGACGGCGUGUCGUCUUGAUGUCACGGCACUGGGUCAGUGACUCGCAGUGUGCUGUAGCCAAUCACCACGUGAGAUAAUCACACAGGGCAUUGGCCCAUAUUGCUGUCCAUCCAAUCUGACAAUGCUGGAGUUUGGAUACCACUUCCAGGCCAUCAUCCUUAUUUUUAUAUGUUGUGCCAUAUUAACACAACCAGAUUUUUUUAGAUUUGACAAUUGUGAUUUUCAAGACCUGUGACAGAAGGAUCGUGUAUUGCUGUGGACAGCAGUUGUGUUCUUCUGGGAUGUUUAUUGGCAGUAUCUGCUACCACUAAUGAGAAACCUUGUUGCUGGUAGAUAUUGCUUUUUCACACUGAUCCGUAUGAAAGCUUAUUUCCACCAAGAAUAAAAAGGUAUUUGCUACCUUUUAUUUUACAAUUCUGACUUUUUCCUCACAGUUCUGAGAAAAAACAUCUUUAUUGAAAGAAUUUAUAACUGACAAUUUUGAGAAAAAAAGUCAAAGUUGUGAGAUAAACGAUCGCAGUUACUUUUUAAUUCGAUAAAUAAAGGUAAUUGUGACUUUUUAUUCCACAGUUCAGACUUUUACAGCAAAUGCAAGUUAACCUCUUGCUUCUGACUUUGUCAGAAUUGUGAAAAAUUUAAUUGAGUUUAUAUCUCACAGUUUUGAGUUUAUAUUUUGACUUCAGAAUUGCAGGAAAGUCUAAUCUGAGAAAGAAGUCAAUUGUGAGAUGUUAACUUAAACUACUUCAUAACUUUGGUUUAUAACUCAAUUGCGAGAAAGGUCAGAAUUAUAAGAUAAAAAGUUACCCGUUUUACAAUUCUGACUUUUUUUUUCCUCUUAGUUUUGUUUAUAUCUCACAAUUCAGACUUUAUUUUAGAAUUGCACGUCUCGCAGUUGAGUUUAUAUCUUAAAAUUCUGACUUCAGAACUUUGUGAAAAAAUGAGCAAAGUACUGAAUGAUUACUCAUUCUGACAAAAAGAGUUUUAAAAUCUCAACUGUGAGAAAAAAGUCUGAAUUAUGAGAAAAUCGCAAUUACCUUUUUAUCAAAAUUUAAAAUAAAGGUAAUUGCAACUUUUUUUCUCAGUAUCACGUUUAUAUCUCGCAGUUUAUAUCUUGCAAUUCUGACUUAACUGACUUAACUGAGGGAAAAGUCAGAAUUAUGAGAUAUAAACUCAGAAUUGUGAGGAAAACGCAUUAUUAUGAGUUUAUAAUGCUCAGUUGCGAGAAAAAAAGCUUGUGAAAUGAUAAUUUGCAGGUAACCUCUUCAAGUUUUUAAAAAUUCUGUUGUAGAAAUAAGCUUCUGUAGAUUGAGACCAGUGUGUGAGACCAAUUGUGUCUCAUUUAAUGCGACUUCUGAUCAGUGUGAAGGUGCACUUUGGAGCAUUGCCAAGUGGGCUUCCUAAAGUGUGAUCUGCAUUGCCUUAUGUGUGUUGUAACCUGAUGGAAGUGAGCUGCAGUAUAUUUCUCCUGCGCUGAAGUGCUAAUCAAAACUUGACAUUUUACACCCUCAUAUAUUAACUGGUCAUUGUUCUUGUUACACUUGUUUUUCCUCUAACAUGUAUUUUUCACUUCUUUUAUAUUUGUUUCAGCCAGGAUUGAUUAUAAUUACCCAGUUAUUAUCAUGUGGGUUUCUUCAGGUAGGAAGGAAAUGUAGCACUAUAUAUUUCUGGUUUUGACUGAAAACCUGGAAAAUCUGGAUAUUAGACAAAGUCAGUUUUCUGGCUGAUUGAGAAUGCAGUCUUCAGUACACUGCAUUACACUCAUGUCCCGUCAUUCAGUGUAUCUCCUCAGAGUUUUUCAGUAGUCUAACAUUGUGCCUUGCAGAAUCACUGAUUGUAUCAUCCAACAUGGAUGCAAGUAAUAUUCUGUUAUCUGUACAGAAUGUGACUGAAGUAUGAGUUUAUUAAAAAGUGCAGCACUUACA